UUUCACUCGACCUGUGGUUGUCAGCCGCCCGGUAGUCUAGCUCAGACAAUCUUACGAUCUAGACGUAUUAUACUUUCCCAGAGCAAUAUUAUUGCUAAUUUUGUGGUGUUUUUAGUCGUGAAGUGAAAACUUUUGGUGCUUUUGCAGGAACCAAACCUCACAUACAACGCUGGGCAAACUCCAGUGACCUUCGAACCAGCUGCCAACCCGUGAUGGUGAGACCAGGCCCCGACUCCCCGAUAGCCCAGGAGCCACAGGCCCAAGCCCAGGCCCAACAAAUGGACUACCAUCUCAUGAACGGAGAAACUAGCCAGAAUGACUACAUGGAGUACCUUCGCUACCAACUAGAAGAGGUACUACCACCACAUGAUAAGAGACAGGAUGAGUUUCUUGCAAAGAUUCCGAACUUGAUCUUUAUCCCGACUGACGCUGAUGAAUUAGCCUUGAAGGUGUAUGAUGAGCUGUGUGCGAAACAGAGGGAGUUGCUCACACUGCAAAGGGAGAGAGAUGAACUGACUAAUGUUGUUCGCAAGUUCUAUAACUUGGAUCGUUCUAUCACACUGCAGCAAUGCCGUGAGAAGCUUGACAAGCUCUUCCAUGGAAAGCAAGAAUUCUUUGUUCGCGCCAAAGAGUUGGAGGAGUUGCUAUAUAAACUCCAUGGUCGUGGCCGAAUAUAAAUUCUCUCAUUUGGCAUUUGUUUUUUUUUUGUUUUCUGGCCUAAGUAUAAAUCUGA